AUGGCGCGAAUCGGUCGCCUGGCCUUUCUGGCCAUUGCGGUUGUGUUCCACAUCAUCUACAGCUUCUCCAUCUUUGAUGUCUACUUCGUCAGUCCGAUCGUUAGCGGGAUGGAGGCAUUCAGGGUGGACGUUGAGAAGGCGCCGGCGAAGAGAUUGGUGCUGUAUGUCGGCGACGGUCUCCGCGCGGACAAAGCGUUCCAAUACUUCCCCGAUCCCUCUGCAUCUCCCGAAGAUACAGACGCAAAAGAGCCAGCCCCAUUGGCGCCAUUCCUUCGAUCGAGAGUCCUUGAGCACGGCACAUUCGGCGUCUCUCAUACCCGCGUACCUACCGAGUCAAGACCUGGCCAUGUAGCAUUGAUCGCAGGCCUGUACGAGGAUGUAUCGGCGGUCAUGACAGGUUGGAAAACGAACCCAGUCAACUUCGACAGUGUCUUCAACAGAAGCAGCCACACGUGGUCUUGGGGGAGCCCUGAUAUCCUGCCCAUGUUCUCUACUGGAGCUAUACCAGGCAGAGUGGACGAUGCCACCUACGGGCAUGAAUUUGAGGACUUCAGCAAGGACGCUACGGAGCUGGAUAUAUGGGUGUUUGAUCGGGUCAAGCAGCUGUUCAAAGACGCCGAGACGGAUCCAGAGUUAAACGCCAGAUUGAAGCAGGAAAAGAUUGUGUUCUUUCUCCACCUCCUUGGUCUCGACACCACAGGCCAUGCGUAUCGACCAUACUCGAAAGAGUAUUUGCAAAACAUCCAGCUUGUCGACAAGGGAGUGCAAGAAAUUACGGAGGUCAUCGAGGACUUCUACAACGACGGUGAGACGGCCUUCGUCUUCACGGCCGACCAUGGCAUGAGUGAUUGGGGUAGUCACGGAGAUGGCCACCCGGACAACACACGAACGCCACUGAUCGCCUGGGGCUCUGGUGUGGCGAAACCAGUCACUGUUCGGAACGGCAUUGCGCCAGGCCACGACGACAAGUUCUCCAGCGACUGGCAUCUCGACCAUGUCCAGAGGCACGAUGUAGCGCAGGCGGAUGUAGCAGCUUUGAUGGCAUAUCUGGCAGGACUUGGGUUCCCUGUCAACUCUGUGGGAGAGCUGCCUCUGCCGUAUCUCGAGACCAGCGACAAGGAGAAAGCGAAAGCAUUGCUUGUCAACGCAAGGCAGAUACUGGAAAUGUACCGGGUGAAGGAAGAACAGAAGAUGGCCACAGUCGUACAAUAUAAGCCAUACUCUGGCUUCGCCGAUGCCGAGCACUCGACCGACCACCGCAUGGAACUCAUCGAAGGUUUGAUCGAGGAGGGCCAAUACAUUGAAGCCAUCGUGAUGGCGCACAACUUGAUCAAGCUUGGCUUGCAAGGACUCCGAUAUCUGCAGACCUACGACUGGCUCUUCUUGAGAGCCCUUGUCACACUUGGCUAUGUCGGCUGGAUCACAUUUGCAUUCACGACAGCCGUCGACGCACACAUGCUUGACGGCAAGAUCGAGGCAUCACGAUCAGCCGCCUCUAUCGUUGCAUUCGCAUCUGUGCUUGUCGCCUUGUACAGCUUCCUGUUCAUCCAGUCGUCACCACCGACCUACUACGCAUACGCCAUCUUCCCGGUCAUGUUCUGGGAGGAGGUCUUUGCACGAAGGCAUGCGCUUGCCGAAGGGAAGCGGAAAAUGUUCAAUAAAAUCGGCGCCCAGAAUUCCUUCAAGCUUCUGCUCAACGUCUUGGCGUAUAUCGCAAUCCUCGAGAUCAUGGUGCAAAGCUACUACCACCGGGAGAUCUACACCAUCACAUACCUGCUCGCCGUACCCUGGCCUGCACUUUACGGGACAGCCUUCGUCCGGGAGAACUGGACACUCUGUCUUACAUGGGCUUUGAGCUGUACGGCCAUGAGCGUCUUCACGCUGCUUCCUGCAAACAAAGUUGAGGAUGAGACUUUGAUCAUGCUUGGGGGUGCUCUGAUCUUACUCGUCGGUGUUCUGUACAUCAUGUUCGAAAAGAGCUUGCUGGUUCAGGCGGCCCCAGCAAAAGAGGGACUUGGCGCCGACAAGGCUGACGGCCUGUCUCGGGUUUUAGUGGGAGUCCAGGUCGGACUUGUCGCUCUCUCGAUAGCUGUGACGAAGUCAAGUGUGACGUCGUUACAAGCAAAGCAAGGCCUACCUCUUGGAAGCCAGGUUGUUGGCUGGAUCACACUCGUCACCUCACUGAUCAUCCCCUUCCUCCACGCCCUCAAUCCUCGCGGCCACUACAUCCAUCGCCUAGUCAUCAUUUUCCUGGCCUUCGGACCACUCUUCAUCAUCCUCACCAUCUCCUACGAAGGACUGUUCUACUUUGCCAUUGCGAUGACGCUCGUAUCGUGGGUACGGCUGGAGAACCGCAUCUUCCAAGCUUCGACUACAGGGGCACCUACUGCGAAUGGCAAGCCUCCUGCAUCCGAGCUCAGCAACCCUAUGGAAGCUGCAGCAUCUGCUGCCGAGACUCGCGAACGCGCCUUGGAUAAGGGCGAUUAUCGAUCCUUGACCCUGUCAGAUGCUCGGAUCUGCCUCUUCUUCCUGUUCCUGCUGCAAUCGGCCUUUUUCAGCACUGGCAACAUCGCAUCCAUUUCUUCGUUCUCACUCGACGCUGUCUAUCGCCUUAUCCCGGUCUUUGACCCUUUUAGCCAGGGUGCUCUUCUCAUUCUGAAGAUUUUUGCGCCGUUUGUGCUUGUAUCGGCGAACCUGGGUAUCCUUACGCAUCGGUUAAAAUUGCGUGGUGGAAGUUUAUUCGCUGUUGUUAUGGGGAUUGGAGACUACCUCACCCUCCGCUUCUUCUGGGAAGUCCGGGACGAGGGCUCAUGGCUUGAUAUUGGCGAAAGCAUUAGCAUGUUCAUCAUUGCGAGCAUGCUUUGCAUUUUUGUGGCGGCGCUGGAAGCAUUGAGUGGGACCUUUGUUCGCGGUGUCAAGUUUGAGGAUGUGUCGGCGUUCAAUGUACAGAGCAACGGCAGUCUGAAUGGAGCUGCUAAAGGUGGUGGGAAGAAAGGCGCAAAGGACGGGAAAAGUCGGUAG